AAACAAAACAACAUGUGAUCAUUUUUGCAAUCUUUGAGAGAGGGAAAUGGAAGAUGGAAGGCAGGGAAAAGUAAAACUAGAAAACCCGUGUUCAAAGAACAACGAAAUUAAUAGUAGCAGUAAUAAUAACAACAAAGAACAAGACAGGUUCUUGCCGAUAGCAAAUGUUGGCCGCAUCAUGAAAAAAGUGAUCCCGGCAAACGGGAAAAUCUCAAAAGACGCAAAAGAAACCGUCCAAGAAUGCGUCUCAGAAUUCAUCAGCUUCAUCACGGGGGAAGCCUCAGAUAAAUGCCAACAAGAGAAGCGGAAGACGAUCAAUGGUGAUGACAUUAUAUGGGCAAUCACGACAUUAGGGUUUGAGGAAUACGUGGAUCCACUCCAAAAAUAUCUUCUCAAGUAUCGAGAUUUGGAAGGAGAUAAGGGUAACAAUAACGGACCUAAACAACAUCAUCAACAGCAACAGCAACAACAACAACAUAAUACAACAAACAGUUUGCCAUAUGAAAGCGUCUAUUCUUCUUCUGCGGCAAGCAUCAUUUCUCAAUCAUAUGGUUUGCCGUUUUCUCCAAGUUCAAUUCAGACACAAAUACAUCCACAAGAAAGCAUUGAUUCUGUUGGACAUUGGUAAAUGAAUGUUCUUAUGAUUCAUAAAUACAAUUUGUAACUAUGGAUUUAAUUUUCUUAGAGUGCUUAAUUACACUUUGGAAUAGAUGGUUUUGUUUGAACCUAAAUCCCGAAGGCGUAAUCUCGUGUUAAAAUGAAAGGUCAAUACGGA